UGCUCAACGCAGAAAUACAACUGAACAGGGCCCGCGCGUUCUGCUUUAUUUCUAACUGGAUUGUUCCUGUAUAGAUGGAUUAGUGAUGAGUGAAUGUCACUCGUUACGGGGGAGCGAUAAACCCCCGGCUGUGAGUCACAUGUACAUUUACCGUUGCACCUGUGCACAGGACUGCACAGCCCUGAAGAGCUCGCGAGCCAUGUGCGACUCCCCGGGAGCCGGGACACGGAGAUCACUGUCGCAUCCUGCUCAUGAUCUCAGUCAGGGCGUUUGCAACCGACAACCCAGCAGUUGUCCAAACCCAGAGAGUCGCGCUUUGACAAAUGAGAGAGAAAACGAUAAACGAACGGGGACGUAAACCCCGAUAUCCCUACACGUGAAGAGCGGCGACGGCGAACCGGCGUACUGGGCUUGCGUGAGCCGGGAACCACGCCCCGCGCGCUGUUGCUUCACCGGACAAGUAAAAGUUUAGGCGAUCUUGGGAACAGAGGCGUCCUUCUGUAGCACUCAUCUCGCUGUCUCGGGCAGGACCGUGUUACAUGUGCUGCGACGGUUUGAUCUGACUUUAGCACGAGCUUAAGUAAUGUCUUUAGAGGAUCAAAGUCACCAGUGGUUUCCCACCAGCGUGCAGGUAACGGUGCGCCAAGCGCGAGGCUUGAGGAUCAAAGGCAAACAUGGCACGAACGACGCGUACGCCGUCAUGCAGGUGGCCAAAGACAAGUUUUCCACCUCGGUGGCUGAAAAGUGCGUCGCCCCGGUGUGGGGCGAGGAAGCGACGUUCGCCCUCCCGCUCCUCCGAGACAGCACGGAUCGAUCCACUCUGCAUGUCUACGUUAUGCACCGUGCUCUCGUGGGACCCGAUAAAAUGCUCGGCCAAGCCGUUAUCAAUCUUCUGGAGGUCUACGAGAAUAAGAGCCGUGAUAAAACAGAAUGGUUCAAAUUGUUGGGCAAGACAGGCAAGACAGACAAGGCCAGGGGAGACGUCCUGCUGGACAUUCAGUUCAUGAAGAACAACAUGACCGCCAGCAUGUUUGACCUGUCCGGCCAGGACAAGCCACGGUCACGCAUCGGCAAACUGAAAGACAAAUUCCGGGGGAAAAAGGAGGAGGGGCUGUCUGACUCCGCCUCUGCCAUAGUGCCCCACACACAGGGCAUGAUUGACAGUGAGGGGGAGGAGCCAGAGGGAGCUGCCACCCCUGCCAAAGAGAAGAAGAAAGCUCUGAAGUCUCUGUUUGGCGCUAAGUCCAACCUGCAGCGGAACACGUCCCAGUCCAUGUCCAUGCUGAGCAGUCUGCCGGAGCGAGACUCCGCCCUCACGUCCAGCGUGGGCUCUGGUCUCAACCUGGAUCCCACUGAAGGGAAGAAGAAAUUUAAGUUUCUAAUGCACAAGCGCACGGGAAGUUCGGACCUGAAGCCAUCCCAGAGCGCCGCCGGUCCCCACCCGCCGGUCACUGUGUGCAUCAACGGCAGUCACGUGUACAGCAAGGAGACGGAACCAAGGAGCGCCACGGGCACCUCUGGACGCGAGUCUACGGAGGACCUGCACAGGACACAGGACAGGAGCGGCUCUGGGGCAGGGGUGGACACCAGUCCCCUCACACACGGGAGACACGCAGAGGAGCAGAGAGACAGAGAGGAGAAAGAGAGGGUGAAGAUGGAGAGAGAGAAGGAAGAGAGAAAGGAGGAAGAACAGAGGAGAAAGGUUGAGGAGGAGCAAGAGAAAGAAGAACAGAGGAGAAGGAUUGAAGAGGAGAAAGAGAACACAAGGAAAGAGAAAGAGAAGGAAGAACAGAGGAGAAGGAUUGAGGAGGAGAAAGAAAGGAGGAGGGUUGAACAAGAGAAGAGGAGGAUGGCUGAGGAGAAAAAGAUGAGAGAGGAAGAGGAGAGGAAGAGAGCUGAGGAGGAGAGAGAGAGCGCUGAGGCUAGACGGAAGGAAGAGGAGAAGAUGAGAGCAGAAAGGAAGAGGAAGGAGGAAGAGGAGAGGAUGAAGAUGGAGCAGCAGGAGGAAAACAAGAGACUGGCAGAGGAAAGACUGAGAAAAGAGGAGCAAAGAAAGAUUGAAAUGGAGAGAAGACUGGUGGAGGAGAAGGAAAAACAGAGGAGAGAAGAAGAGAGGAUGAAGGUGGAGAGAAAGAGGAGAGAAGAGGAGGAAAAAAGAAUCCAUGAAGAACAGAGGAAAGAGAAGGAGAGACAGACAAGAGAGGAGCAGAACUCAGCCGAGCUCCCAAAGCGGGGGCGACGGGAGCCUGAGUGGGGAGGAGACGGUUCCGAGUCCGAGCAGGAGAGUUCCAGAACCAGGGCAGGAGACGGGACUGCAGGCGCAAGCCCAGAGGCCACACGCAGGGAAAAGCCCUCUGUAGCCGUCACCUCCAGCAGUCCGUUUGAAGACCCACCCACCACCUCUCAGUCUGCAGGACACACUCGCUUGGCCAGGGUCACUGUGGUCAAGCCAAGCACCUCCAUCUCUGGACUCGUUUCCCAGAUGCCUGUGGGAACCAACACCAACCCGUUCUUGGAUGGCUACAGUUCAGGGACCCUCAGCACUGCUGAGGGGGGUACAGGCAGAAACCCUAAGAAAGGACCUGCCCCAUUACCCCGACAGAACAAGACACAGGUGCUGACACCAACUGUUCCUCCCAGGGUCUUCAAAAAAACGCAGCAGGAGACCAACGCUCCCUCCUCCUCCAGGGACAUGGCAAAGUACCCAGCGCCUUCACCACCAGACAGGUGGAAGGAAACCAGAGGAGCUGCAGCUGAAGACCUCGCAGUCCAGUCUAGCAUAGUGCCCAAUCUGGGGGAGGAGAACACUCUGGAGAGCCCUGAAACACAUCAGCCAACGGAGGUGAUGUCUGUCUCUGAGGAUGACUUGAAGCCUUGUAGCACAAAGACGCAACAAGGACAAAACUUUAUAAAAAUAGACCGUGACAGCAGUCAAGCUGGUGGGAAUCAGUCCACCUCCGUCCACGUGUCUACAGUGCAUACUGUCUUGAUGAGUGACCAGAGUGAGACGAGCGAGUCCCGAGGUAAUGCCGAACCUUCCAGACGUGUUGGUCCAGGAACUGCCACACACAACAAGGGUCCAGCACCUGCAGGACCCUCUGCUGUAUACACUCCAAACAGGAAGUCUGGGUCAGAAGAUGAGCCCUCACACCACAGUGUAAGCCCAACAGAGGACACCCACCACCGUGAAGUUCUACCAAGUGCUGCUUCAAACUCCCAUAGCAAUGAAGAGCCUUCAAAUGAGGAACCGCCAGGAGGUGAAAGUUACCUUGUUGCUAAUGACACCAAAGCCAACAGUAUUCCACAUGCUGGUGAGAUAUCCAGCAACAUUCCUGCUUUUGGGUCUGUAGAGAGAAAUCUCGGUGAUAAUCUCCCUGGAAUCAAAGACAAACAGGAACAUCUGGAGAAUGUGGACUCUGUUGAACUGAAUGCUCUUUCAUGUGUGGAUCAACAUUCCUGCCCAGAAUCUGGUGCCUAUGACCCUGACAGACUCCCAGAUAUGAAGACCUCAACAGGGGCCUCUACAAAGAAAACUCGGGCCCCGGUGCCUCCAGCUAAACCAAAGAGAGUUGUCGACCCAAGUUCUUUAGACCAGCAGUCGUCUUUUCCCAAGAUGCUAAGCUCGGCUGAGCACAGCCAUGCCUGGGGCAGCCACAGCAGUAAGACAGGUGGAAAUAUAGCAGCAGACCUUACAACGAGAGCACAACUCUCCAGCUCCUCCCUGCCUCCCAGAACCUCCUCAGGGUUCCCUCCACCUGCUGGCUCGGGGCCAAAGCCUCCGCCUCGGGUACGGGUGGUGUCCACUGACGGGCAGCCAGAGCAUGGCCUGUGCGGUGCAGGUGGAGGAGGGGCAGGGGCCACAGCAGCCAGAACCGUCAGAGCCCACGCGGUCAAACCACUGAGUGCUGCAGACAGACAGACGGACCACCGAGAAGCGCAGGAGCUCCAAGCCACCGGAGGCACUAUCCUCCUGCAGCCUAAAACAAAGGCAGUGGAAGCAUCGUGUCAGGGACCGUACUCUCAGCUGACGCAUGCUGAGCUGACGUCCAUGGUGGUGCAGCAGCAGAAGCAGCUGUGCCAGCGCGACGCCCGCAUCCAGGAGCUGGAGCAGUACAUCGAUAACCUGCUGGUGCGCGUGAUGGAGGAGAAUCCCAGCAUCCUGAUGAACAUGCCGUCGCAGAAGAAAGCGGUGUGAAGCAGGCGUGGACUGCAUUUACUCUAGACUACAUUUACCACAUUUACUCUGGACUACAUUUACUCUCUGGACUACAUUUACCACAUUUACUCUCUGGACUACAUUUACCAAAGGUGACCCAGCAUACCGUUCAUUAUGAGCUGGUAGAGCGAGGGAUCCCUGAACACUCUGAUGAAAUUAAGAUCACCAUGGUGAUGUCAGGACAUUAGACUAGUUCAGCUAGCUACCACAACACUUGACAUGGUGGAACUGUGGCUGUUUUUCACUAUAGCGUAAAGUCUUCCGUUUUAAAGUGUUGUUACUAAGCAGAUUGAACAAAUUGAUCUUUUCUUUCACUUCAGACUGGCAGUCCUGCUCUUUAUGGGUCUGUCUUGCCUCCACUGACCUCUGCCCUCUCGCACACAGCAUGAGACUGAACAUGCCCUGCUCUGUUUGGUCAGGAUUAUCUUGCUUGUUUCUCUAUAGGUCUUUACAGUUCCCUGUUAUCAAUGUUCAUUUGUAUUUCUUCUUUAUUCCUGUUUGUUCUAUAGUUCCUCUUUUGUUAAACGGGGAAAGGGCAGAACAAAGCCGCACACAUUCCUUAUGCAGUGUGUUGUGCAAUACCUGCUGUACCUGCGAUAUUGUUCCCUUCUGUUACAGAGAACUGCAAGGACACUAAACUGAGGCUGUUCUUCCAUACAAAUGAUGCACUUUAAUCUAUGGAACUUUUUCCCUUUUUGAAACCAAUCUGUAAAUAUUUGCUUUCUUUUCAUCUGUUCUAUAUCUGCUUGUUUGAAAUAAAGAAUAUCACAGUUUG